UGGAAACGCGUGAAAAAGGAAGAGACGCGUGAAAUAUGACUGACUCGAGUGAUGUGUGAAUGACCAGCAGCGGUCCGGUCAUGCCCAGCCGGAUCAACACACACACCUGCCGCCGCGCAGCGACUGAUGCCCGUUCAGCCCUAUCGCGCCGCGUCCGACCCCCCCAUCCCCCCACCCCUGCGCCCUCCGCCGCCCACAGAGCCAAUCACCCGCGGCCACUGGAAGUAGGACAAGCCGCUUCCUGGUUGCGGGUUUAAGGAGGAGCGGCAGGCGUUCGUCAGGAGCGGGUCAGAACCGGCACAAGAGCGGAUCGAACCACUGACAGCACACACCGACACCGGACGAAGAUCAGGCGCUACCGGAGACCAAACCGCGGAGCCGUUGCGGUGCGCGCGAGGUCGACGCGCGUCACUUUCAGGAAGUAGAAGAAGAGCCGGCGGUCAGGUGGGACACUACGCGGCGGGGAAACUCAGGUGACACCGGCUCAGGACUGACUGAGAGACACAGACGUGAGAAGUGGCCAACUGUAUGUUUAUGGACUGGAGGUGGCGAUGUCUCCAGGAGAGGACGGUCUUAUUGGGAUUCCCUUCCCUGAGCACAGCAAUGAGCUCCUGUCCCGACUCAACGCUCAGCGGCGGUCGGGGCUGCUCUGCGACCUCACGCUGACCUCACGUGGCACCCGACACCCCACGCACCGCUCCGUCAUGGCCGGCGUCAGUCUGUACUUCCGCCGUCUAUUCGGGGCAGAGGAGGGUGAGGACGGAGGCGAGGGGGUGGGCGACAACUGUAGCGUGUGCCAGUUGGACUGCGUGUCACCCGACGCACUGGCCGCCCUGCUAGAGUUCGCCUACACCGCCACGCUGACCAUCCGCAGCUCGGGCAUGCGAGAGGUCCUGAAGGGGGCGCAGCUCCUGGGCAUUCAGUGCGUGGCAGAUGCCUGCCGGGACAUCCUCGGCGAGUCGGGUGACGAUCUGACGGACCCAGUGGAGGAGGCAGAACAGACGACGUCCCGCCGCAAACAGGACCGAUGCUCUGUGGUCAGAGCCUCGUCCCCCGUAAGACCGGCAUGGCACAAUUCCCAUCACGAAAUGGCACCCGCGUCCGAGGACACGCCCGAGAACGGGGUGCUUCCCACACAGGGGCGAGAAGGACACCCGCCGGCUGCCGCCGGGCAAGACGGAGCAACGCACCGGAGCAGGCUGAUAAAUGGAAGUUCUCACUGGCUGCAGGAGUCCACUCUGAUUCCUCACCGACCCGAAGACAUCCCGUCAGACGAGGACGAGUCGGGCCUGAAAGGACGGGUCACGCCCCACAACAACCAACCGCACGGGGAGGGAGGAAGGGGUGGAGUCACGCUGGGUGGGGGAAGGAAGAGGAAGUCUCAGACACCGCAGCAGUGUCCCGUCUGUCAGAAGAUCAUCCACGGAGCAGGAAAGCUGCCACGUCACAUGAGAACGCACACGGGAGAGAAACCCUUUCAGUGCCCCACCUGCAGCGUCCGUUUCACACGGAACGACAAGCUGAAGAUCCACAUGAGGAAACACACGGGCGAGAGGCCGUACUCCUGCCCCAGCUGCCCCGCUCGCUUCCUGCACUCCUACGACCUGAAGAACCAUCUGUCGCUACACAGCGGCGAUCGGCCUUUCGAGUGCCCACUGUGCCACAAGGCGUUCGCCCGCGAGGACCAUCUGCAGCGUCACAGAAAGGGCCACAGCUGCCUGGAGCUGCGCACCCGUCGCCCACGCCACGGCAACAACCCCGCCUCCUCGCCGCCCCCCGAUCCGUUCAGCCUUCACCCCGAAAGCAUGAGCGCGCUUGCGGCCGCCCGACACCUGUACGCCCAGGAAAGCCGCAGCGUGCCGAUGCAGCUGCUGGGUGCCGGGGGGCCCCUCCCUGAGAUGCUGUGGCGGCCGACGGGCGGAGAAAUGAUGAGUCAAGGCAGGGGGGACUCAUCUGCGCACCCAUCAGUUCCACAAAAAGCAUGGGAGGAAGAUGAAGAGGAAGAAGAGAAGGUUUUCAAGGUGGAGAGCGAGUGAAAGCGCUGAUCUGUGUGUAAUGGGUGAAACAGGGUCUGUAACUGUUGUAAUGUCUUCUGUAUGUUGUGUUGUUUUCUUCAGUUUGUGAGUGUAGAUCUGUUAAAAUGUGCUUGGGGUUCACGCUAUGGAAAAAUGAAACCUACAAGAGUGACUGAACAAACGUGAAAUAGAAAGCAGGUGGAUAAGGAUGAUGUGAUGAUGAAUGUAUGAAUCCAGUGAAGAAGAAGAUAGAGCUCAGGGGGAAGAAUGGACUCGUUCAUGUACUGUCAUUCCAAAAGAGAAGAGUUUUUGUUUCUUAAGUCUGAAGUAUGUCUGUAUGAACAUGACACACGUCUUCAUUGUUCAGAUAUAUGUAGCCUUUACACAGUCUCUUUCUCUGAAACUGGACCAGGCCUCAGUUUAAAAGGGCUUUUGCUGAUCUUAAAGGAAAACGCUUGUUGUUUUUAGGUUUCUAUGUUUUACUGGGGGUUAAAUAGCUUUGAAGAAUGAAAUGUUUCCUUUCUAUUGUAUAUGACGGGCAAGGAACUCUUUUGUAUACAGCUUUAUUUAUUUAUUUGUUGGUUUGUUUGUUAUUUAUAGUGGCGUUUCAGUUAUUUUGCAUUGAGCACCGGUGUACAACAAACGUCUGGGAUCAGUUUGGCUUUUUUUCCCAAUAACGUCCUCCGGUAGAUGUGGUGUGAUGUCUGAUCUCUGAUCAGUGCUGUGUUUAUAUCUGCUGUUUGUCUCGCAUCACAUUAUUCUACAUGUGUACACGCACAUGUGAACGCUCAGGUGCUGUAGAGAACCGCAAAGAUUUCUGGGAUUUUUCUGCAGUCUUUUCUCUUUGCGAAGUUUUGCACACAAAAGGUCUAAAUUAAAUGGCCUUCACUGACCCGAGUGAGAUCUUGCCUUGAUGAAGCAAAUACACAUAUCUGAUAUGUUACAGAUAUAAGAUGAUGUCUGAAAAUGAUGGAAGAGUAGUCGCCUUCAGUUGCCUAAUUGUGAUGAAUAUAUUCAUGGUGUGCUGAAGUGCUCAUGUCUCAUGCAUUCUGGGUAAUGGAGUCGGCGUUGUGUGUUACAGUAAUGUUGAACGUAGGAGAAAUGACCCAAAGUGGUUUAUUUGCACUAAAACGGGAUCUUUGUGUUUGGAAAUAUAUUCUUAUAUUCUUUAUGUAUGAGCAAACUAUGAUUGUAAAUCCUUAAUUUAAAAAAAAAAUGACAAAAAACAGCUUGACCAUGAAUAUUAAAUGCUUCUGAAAUGUAUGAUGUAAUAAGGUGACGCUGCCUUGAUUUCAUUUUAUUUGAUAUUUUGCAACUAUUCUCAGGAAAUCUUGAGCCAUGCACUAAGAGGUUAUGCAAAUGUUUGGUGAAAUAUUAAUUUAUUGUAUAUAUAAUUGUGUUGACCAAUAUCAGAAAUAUAACUUUGUUAUAAAGUAAAGUUUCGUUUACUUGCAUCUGUCAUUUAAAAAAAAUAAGUUUAGUAAAUGAUGGGAUUUAUAUGAAAAUCAAAUGAUUAUUUUGGUUUGGCUGUGUUGUAUUCUUGUGAGGAUCGGUGCUGGUUUAUAGGUGAAGGGACCGCUGGUAAAACCCCUCUUAUUCAGGGAUAUUUUUCUGUUCAUAGAGUGAAAUCUUUCUGUUAUAAAAUGUUGUACAAAUACAGAGCAAAUAAACAAAGAUUUAUGCACAAACA